UAACUGGCUUUAUCCAGUAAAAAUUUUAAAAUUUCAUACUCGUGGUUUAAUAGUUUCUUAUAACCGUCACUCAGAUAAAUUGAAAAAAAUAGUAAUGUUCUGUUCGUUGUUUUUCGAGCAUUGAAGAACACAAUGCCGAAGCCGAAACGUAAAGAUUCUUCAGAUUAUGAUCCCGCUACCGACUCUAGUUCAUCAUCCGACUCUGAUACAUCAGAUACAUCAUCUAAUACUGAUCAGGAAUCGGAUUCAGGGAUUGGGACUAAGAAUUCCAGUACAACUACAAAUGCCAGCAUCAAUAUAAGUACAAUUUCGAGAACAGAUUCGUGUUCAAAUUUGAGUACAACGAGUUCCAGUAAAAGUAUAAUUUCGAGAACCGGUUCGAGUUUGAAUUUGAGUACUCCGAGUUUGAGUAAAAGUAUAAUUUCGAGAACAGAUUCGAGUUCAAAUUUGAGUACAACGAGUUCGAGUAAUACCAGUACUGCAACGGAAACAAGUAGAGGUUCUAGAGUUCGAGAGAAUCGCGAUAGCUGGUUGAAAAACAUUAAACGUAACAUCAGAAACAGCAAAGAUUCCCGAGUAGGACCGCACAUUGCGUGUGACCAUGUAGACUUGACUUGGUGUGAGGCAGACAAACUCACAACUGCAGAUAUCGAUGCAUUUCAUGCAAGUUUGUACGAAAAUGUCACGUAUGGAGAUCAGAAUAAAUUCAUAACACCGUAUUUAGUAACUUGUCCCGGAGUUCGUCAACGUACUGAGAGUGAAACACCAAGAAAGAAAAUUGUGACUCAAUAUCUGGUUAGGACAUUGGAUUGCAAAGUACUUGUUGUUUGUGCUAAAACUUUUCGUUCGAUUACAGGCUUAACACGCGGACGUUUAAACGGCGUAUCUAAGCAUUUUUUUACGACUGGAAACAGCAAACCAGAACAGCGAGGAGGAAGCAGAAUCACACCGCAACAGAUAGAGAUAACAGAAUCGAUCGUUGAAUUCAUCAAAAAGUUCAAAGUUGAAGAAAGCCAUUACGGUCGCGGUAAAUCAGCAAGAGAAUAUUUACCUCCGGAAUUGAACGUCUCGAUUAUGUUUAAUAUGUGGCUAAACGAACGUAAUGCCUGUGAUUUACCAAUUGCAUCGCUCAAGAAAUUCACCAAAGUUUUUAAAAAACGUUUUAAUUUAGCGUUUCUAUCCCCAAAAGUUGGCGUUUGCUCUCAUUGCGAGCAGUUGAAAGGUAAACUCAAGUCGAAUAUCAAUGUGGAAGAAAACAGGGCUCUGUUGGAUCUCCAUAAAGCUCAAGCGAAGCAGUUUUAUGAUAUUUUGCGCGAAUCUGCCGCGGAAGAUUCUACUCUAACCAUUACCUUUGAUAUGCAACAAGUGCAGCCACUUCCGAAGACAAAUAUUGGAGAAGCAUAUUAUUCUCGCCAACUAGGACUGUAUAACUUGACGUUCGUAAUUCACACAUCAAAUGAAACUCCGUUAUCAAACGUUCAUAUUUACACUUGGACAGAUACAGACAGCGGCAAAGGAAGUAACGAGGUUGUUUCUGCUUUUGAUCACUUUUUCGAAAAAAUUAUUCAUCCAAGAAUCGCUAAUGGUCGUUAUAAUAAAAUCCAACUCUUCUCCGACUGUUGUCCUGCUCAGAACAAAAAUACAACGAUGCUUGGCUAUCUAAUGAGAAAAAUCGAAGAUCCUGUCAUGAAAAAAAUUGCAAAAGUCGAGUACAUCUUUCCGAUCCGCGGACACUCGUAUCUUCCGGCAGACCGUGUAUUCGCUCGAAUUGAAAAAAAAUUACGUAAGAUUGCAGUCUUGAAAUCUCCUUCAGAUUACCAUUCAGUUUUUGAAGAACAUGGGAAAUACCAUGUAUUUGGUGAUGAUUGGCGAGUAUACGAUUAUAAAACACUGGCUGAAACAUCCCUGAAGUCAACCGCUCAGUUACAGAUGCAACAAAAUCGAAGGUGGCUAUUUUGUCGUCGUAAACCUGGAGUUAUACAAGUCAGCAACUCUUAUACAGAACCUUACAAAGAGUUCUCCAUGUUGAAACCUGCGAUAACCAAACUGUUUCCUCGUAAACCAGAACUUGUAACCAACCCAAAAGGAAUUUCCACGAGUAAACGAGAUGAUGUUCGAAAACUUAUCGCUCUGAUGGAUUUGUCAGAAAUGGAAAAGCAGUAUUACGAAACCGAAUUGAGCAAACCAUGUUCUACGAAGAAAGAUGUUUUGAAGCGUGCAAAAGAAAAGCCGGCAAAAUCCAGAACUUCAACAAAACGUAAAAUCGAUUCUGAUGAUGAUAAUUUGCGAGAAAAUAUUCCAAAACCGAGGAGGGGAAGGCCGAAAAAAAAUGUCGUAGUUGAAAACGUAAUGAGUGAACCAUCAACAUCAGCUGAAAUUGAAAAACCGAAACGAGGAAGGCCCAAGAAAGAUGCUACUGUUGAAAUCGUAAACAGUGGAUCGUCAAAAGAAGAUUUAAUUGAAAAACCAAAACGAGGAAGGCCAAAGAAAGAUGCUCCUGUUGAAAUCGUAAAUAGUGGAUUGUCAAACGAAGAUUUAAUUGAAAAACCAAAACGAGGAAGGCCAAAGAAAGUCGAUGAGCAGCCGAAACAAGAUGAAUUAGACAAGCCAAAACGAGGAAGGCCGAAAAAAUUGUGAUUUUUCGUAAUUUUCGUUGUACUAGGUACCUGAAACUUUUUUUUCAUAUUUUUUUUAUUCUUAUAAUUUCUAAUUUUCGUUGUAAUAUUGUAAUUUUUUGCAAAAUGUAGUUCAAUUUUGUAUGUGUUACUCUCAAAUCAAAACUAGGAAGGCCAAAAAUUGUUAUUUUUCUUAAUUUUCGUUGUACUAAGUACUUCUUUGUGAAAGUUAUUUUUCCAUAUUUUUUUUUAUUCUUAUAAUUUCUAAUUUUCGUUGUACUAUUGUAAUUUUUUGCAAAAUGUAGUUCGAUUUUGUAUGUGUUACUUGUUAAUCAAAACUAGGAAUGCCAAAAAAUUGUGAUUUCUAAGAUAAUUUUUGUUUUACUUCUUGUUCGCGAAAUUCAUUUUUAAUUUUUUUAAUAAUUUUCUCAUAAUUUCUAAUUUUUAUCCUACUAUUGUAAUUUUUUGCAAAAUGCAGUUUGAUUUUGUAAUUUGUAUGUGUUACUCGUUAAUCAAAACUAGAAAAGCCAAAAAAUUGUGAUUUUUAAGAUAAGAUAAUUUUUGUUUUACUUCUUGUUUGCGAAAUUCAUUUUUAAUUUUUUUAAUAAUUUUCUCAUAAUUUCUCAUUUUUAUCCUACUAUUGUAAUUUUUUGCAAAAUGCAGUUUGAUUUUGUAAUUUGUACCUAUGUGUUACUCGCAUAUUUAUUAAA